AUGCGUUUUAUUUCGGGACUGUUAGGCACAUAUGCGGCGAUAGUGAGCGCACUGCCACAGGCCGUGCCAGAGGCGUUCUCAUGGGAGGAGACGUGCUCAGGCAUCGAAACCAAAUCCCAGGAAAACUGGAAGAAAGGUGGAUUUGGCGAAUGGUUCUCCGUUACGGCAUCUGUGGAAGGAAUCUACACCCAGGAUAUCCAAAAGACAAUUCAGUCUUGGGAAUCGGAUGACCAGAGCAGCCUUUAUGGCUUUUAUUGUUCCCCAAUGAGCCACUGUGAAGCAAACCUCGAUAAGGAUCAAUGUCUCGACCCAGAGCAUCCCAUCCGACCUGCGCUGUAUUUUGUGAUGUGGUCAAUCGCUAACUUGAACAAUUGGAUGGAUUCUUUAUUGACUGCAGUGGACCACACAGCUGGUAUAGCUGACGCUCGGGCUGCUGAUUUGGUUAACACUUUUGCCACAAAUAUGGAGAACAUCCCUCUCCUCAAUGCCGGUCCUGCCCUGGCUGCCGGUUUCUUAGGAAGUCUUGCAGCAAUUUUCCCGCCCGCCGCCGUAGCUGGAGGCUUUGCUUCAGGUCUUGCGACCAUCGGAGCUGGCCUUCUCUCUCUUACUAGUAAUAGUAAGCCAGUUGAGUUGGAACCCAAAUUCAACGACUUUACCGAUAUCACUACGUAUAUCGCUAAGGCCUCGGAGGGGAUGCAAAAGAGCAUUGAGACAUAUACCCAAUGGCUUCUAACAAGUAUCCCAUCGAAUGACCGUGCCAAUGGCAUCAAUUACAUCUAUGAUCCUAAAUCCCUCCCAAACGUCCUUCUGGACGGUGAUUUCGCCGAGCCCAGAAUCUCGGAUGUCCUCCCAGACGGCAUCUACGUCUCCCUAUUCAGCGCCGCGGUCGCCCUUCUAUGGAAAGAAGAAAGCGCGAGGGUCGUCAAAAUUAGCCACGAGCUUCCUACCUUAAGCAAACUUGUCUGUGAUCAUGAGAAGGUCAUGUAUGGAAACAAGUGGUGCGACAGUGAAGGAAACGCCUACAUUCUACUCGGCUGGGAUAAAACCUGGUUCAAGACCCCCUGGGACCAGGCUGCGGCGGAAAGUCUCCAGGAUCUCAAAGGCAUUGGCAAGCUUCAGGAGUACAGACUAAGCAUCGAAAUUGUCUCCACAGCAUCCGAGUAUGCGAGCUUGCUGAACGGUGGUCGUUCAUACUAUGAAUGGAACACUGCCAGAGUCAUUGAACACAUGAAUCAAGAUGAAAAGAAUAUGGCGAAGUUUUCUGGCUUCAACCUGCCCUUCUGUGAGAUUGCUCCUUCUGCCUAUGGCGUUGGGGGGAAUGAGCUUCUUGAUAGGGCUGAAUGCGAUGAACAGUGUCAAGUUAUUUGGGCCAUGCGGGAUUGCUUCCAGGGAGAAGACCCGGAACAUCCUGGGGUCGGACUCUUUUUCAUAGAUGACUUUGGGUACCACUAUCCCAUCACUCCAUGUAUACCGGGGCAUCAGUGUUGA